AUGAGAAGUUUGGGAGGUUUGCUUCGUUAUCUUGAGAAAAACAGGAUAGGCGUGUUGAAUAAAUGCAAAUCAGCAGUUGGCAGUAGAAUGCUCAGAGAGUGGUUCAAGCAUCCUCUCAGCGACAUAAACACCAUCAAAAUGCGACACAAAGCCGUUGAAUAUUUUUGCAGGCCAUCCAGUUUUGAAAUUGUUCAGGCUAUGCAAAACUCCAUAAAAAACAUGAAAAAUAUCGCACCUAUCAUGAAGAGGAUGUUACAAGCCCAGUGUAAUCAUUCAGACUGGAAGACUCUGCACAAGACAAUAAUAGCAUGUGUUUCUUCCUACGAUAUCCUUAGCCACUCUGAUUUCUUUGAUGUUCAGAUUCUUGCUCAAGUUGAUUUUGAAGAAACAGACAUCAAUCAGAGGUUUACAAUGAAAUUUGGCAUUGAUGAGGAGCUCGAUGAAAAGAAAAGAAUAUACGGUAGUUUGUCAGUGUUGAUGCUCGAUGUGUGCAGGCAGGAGUGUCAGACAUUGCCAUCAUUUAUUCAGGGCUGCAAUGUUGUGUACUUCCCGCAAAUUGGAUUCUUGACGAGCAUUGAAGAAACAGAGAACAUGAAAGCCACCAAGGAUUAUACCAUUCCUUCCAAAGAAUACUUAGUGUGUACCUCUCACCUCUAUUUCACUUGUAUCUUGAUAUCGUUUGAUUUUUUGUAUCAAAAAUUAAUUUUACGACUGUUCAUUUGGACAAAUCUUGAUAGGAAGUAUGGUGAUUUGAAAUGCAUCAUAAAUGAUAUGGAAAUGAGACAUAUGCACAACCUUCAAAACAAAAUUUUAGAAUCAUCAUCACUCUUGAUGAACAUUAUCAGCUGUUUUGCUGAGAUUGAUUGUUUGCUGAGUUUUGCCUAUAGUGCUCGUGUGAACAAUUACGUGAAGCCAGUCAUGGUGAAGGAUAACAUUAUCUCUAUUAAAAAUGGAAGACAUCCCUUGUUAGAAUUAAGAGAUACAUUUGUACCAAAUGAUGUUACCAGUGGUUCCCCACAUAAGAUACUUAUAAUCACAGCAGCAAAUGCAAGUGGCAAGAGCGUAUACUUGAAACAGGUAGGUCUCAUUAUUUUUAUGGCUCAGAUAGGCAGUUUUGUUCCUGCUGAAUCAGCUACACUGGGAAUAAUUACUGAAAUUUUCACACGUCUGUGCACCGUGGAAAGCAUUGCGAUACCAAUGUCUUCUUUUCUUAUUGACCUUAAUAACGUUGCACUGGCAUUGAAGUCUUCUACACCAAGAUCGUUGAUACUCUUGGAUGAAUUUGGUCAGGGAACUCAAGAGGCUGAUGGAGCUGCUUUGUUAGCUGCCACAAUAAAAAGUCUUGAUGACCGGGGAGAUAACUGCCCUCAUCUGAUUGUGUCCACCCAUUUUCAUAUUCUAACUCAUUCAAAGGUUAUUGAACCUUCUAAUCGAAUAAAGUUUAUGACCCUGGCCAUAAUGGUGGAUGAGAACGAUCAUAACAGCCCAUUAACGUAUCUGCAUGAACUAAAGGAUGGAUAUGCUGAUUGUUCAUAUGCUCUAAAUUUGGCAAAAAUGGUAGGAUUACCUCAAAUGAUGAUUGACAGGGCACUUCAGAUUUGGGAAUACAAGAAACAAGGUCUGCCCAUUAUGCCUGAUGUUCCAGAAAGUGACAAGCAAAAAUAUGUUCAGAUAUUUGAUAAAUUUUUAGAACUUAAUGUUCAAGAUGAUGAAGAAAUUAUGUCAUUUAUAGAAUUUGUCAAAUCACUGACCUUCGAAAUAGAUAUGUGA